AUGGAGCAUCACGUGCUUCACACGUGCCUGCAAUCUAUCAACGACAACACCAAAAACAAUCCUUUCUCUCUCCAAACCCUAACUUCUCUUCGCUCUCUAAUAAUCAACCCGAACACCUCCAAUUCCACAAUCUCUUCAAUCCUGGAAACCCUAACUCGCUCUCUCCAACUCAGCACCAACUCACUCACAACUCAUCACCACAUCCUCAAACUCCUCACCGACCUCGCUUCUCACCGCACUCACCUCACCUCUCAAAUCCUCACCUCAAUCCGCACCGACUCACUCCUCUCCGCCGAAUCAACUCAAAUUGCCACAGAGUCACUCACUUCACUCGCUUCGAUUGCCGAUUCUGAUCAAAACGAAAUUGAUGAUCGGUUAUUUCUGUCCCUGUGUUUUUCUGCUACUUCGGUUUCCACUCGAUUGCGGCUGCUCAGAAAUGGAGAGAGGCUAGGCGUAGGGACGCACGUGUUGUUUAGUGUGUUUUUAGGGUUUACAAAAGAUCCUUACCCGUACGUGAGAAAGGUUGCUUUGGAUGGAUUGUUAGGGCUGUGCAAAAAGGGCAGCGUUUUUGAGGAUAUUAGUGUUAUUGAAGGUUGUUAUCGCCGUGCUGUUGAGCUUCUACAAGAUAAUGAAGAUUGUGUACGCUCUGCUGCAAUUCACGUGGUAAAUGAAUGGGGGCAAAUGCUUAUAGCAGCCAAAGAAGCGAAAGAUAGAAGAGAUUGGUCGAAUCAAGUAUUCGUCCAGCUCUGUUCUAUGGUAAGAGAUAUGAGUGUGGAGGUCAGGGUGGAAGCUUUUAAUGCUCUUGGCAAGAUAAAGUUGGUAUCUGAAGACAUUUUAUUGCAAACUCUAUCAAAAAAAGUCCUAGCAAUCAUGAAAAAGAAGAAUUCCCAUGGUCAGUGCACUGCAGAAAUGGUUGAGGUUUUGGCAUCUAGUUAUGCUGGAGUUUUUCUGCAUGGGCUUGAGGAUGAAUUCCAUCAGGUGCGAAAGUCUGCUUGUUACUCUUUGCGCACUCACACCACCCUCUGUGCUGAGUUUGCUGGUCAGUCCUUGACCCUGUUGAUGGACGUGCUGAAUGAUGAUUCAAUGGCUGUAAGGUUAGAAGCUUUAGAAACACUGCAGCAGAUGGCAAUCUUUGGGUGUCUAAAGGAUGAAGCUGAUGUCUUCUCUGUUUUGUUUUUUAUGGGUCAAAGCCAUGGGAACUUUGCUGCUUGCAUUAUCAAGGAAGUUUCACAAGAGAUAGAGCCAGUUUCGGAGGGACAAUUGAGCUUGGAUAGUGCAAGAGUGGCUGCAUUUCUUGUACUUGCCAUCUCAGCUCCACUCUCACAAGAUCAGAAUGGUCUAAAUAUUCCACCUAGAUUUUUUUCUUAUGCAGUAACUUUGCUAGGGAGGAUCUCUUGUGCUUUGAAAGAAGUCGUAGACCAAAAUACACUUUUGGCAUAUUUGUUUCAGUGCAGUGGAUCCUCUACUUCUGACAAAGAAGUUGAAGAGGAGUCAUUACUGCCUGUAGUUAAUGACACUGUUAAUGAUGGUGUCGGUAGUCCUGUUGGGAUGCCCAUGCUACAAACUGGCAAUGAAACUUCUGAAGUCCUGCCUGUGAUAUCAUGUGAAUUUGGGGAUUUAUCAACUUCAAUUGUAGAAUACCAGUUAGAAGGGCAUGACGAAGUCAUGAAAUCAAUGAACCUUAUCCUUGCAAGGGUCAGAGAUACCUGGCUUUUGGUACAAUCAAGGUGCACUAAUGUAGCAUUGAGGACUCUAAGGGCUUGCAAGGAAGAAUUGACAAUGUUUACUCCUGCAUCGCUUGAAUCUGCUGGUGCAUUGGCAUUUACAAUGCAAUACCUCCGGGUAAUGAAACUGUUUGCUAAGAUAUGGGAGCUUGUUGUAUGGAACAUUCGGUCCUAUGAAACAGGAGGAUUGGAGAUUCUAUUAGGGAAAUUGGACAUAAGGCUCAGAGAGCUGCAGUGUAGAUUUAUAGGGCUUUCUAAGGAAGAGGAGUUGCAUGUGUUGGAGCUUAUAGUUGUCGCCUGUAUGUUAAGGUUAUCCAAAGUUGAAAUCUACUGGUGUCCUACUACUCUGAAAAGACUGUCUGCUAUAAUUUCACUUAUAGAAAUUCUCAAUGAUAAAGGAUCUAUUGAACCAUCUGAUAUCUUAAUGGACGCUAAGAAGACAGUGCAUGAGAUUGGCACUUCUAAUGGUGGUAUCUCAUGCAGUCCCUUCCUGUUUGGAAAAUCAGUUGAUUUCUUCACCCCUAAGCAGUUCAGUUUAUGCUCAAGAGUAAGGCAUAUAAAUGCAGAUUUGGAUGUUCUGGGCAAUGAUUCUGAAAAUCCUCUUCCUUUUGUCUCUGGACUACCUGUGGCUAUACCUUUGGAUAUUACUUUGUACAAUGUUGUAAGUGAGAAUAGGUUGUGGCUUACCAUAGCAAUGAGUCAGGAGUCAACUCAGUUUGUCUUCUUAGAUUUGAACGUAUUAGCAGGCUGCAAUGAGGUCAAGAAAUUUACUUUUAUUGCGCCCUUUUACAGAACUCCAAAAGCCGGUUUGUUCACAUUAAGGAUGUGUAUAGGUAUGGAAUGUUUUGUUGAGGAUUGUCACUUCGCAAAAUGCUGUGGAGGUCCAAAACGAGAAUUGGUUUAUCUUUGCCCGGAAAAAGAUGUUCAUUUUUGCUUGGUUCAGAAGGACUGA